AUGUCUGACACUAGCGCAAGCACACCUACUCCUUCUACUGUCGAAAAAGGCUUGACUAUGGAUCAGUUGUUAGAGAAUCAAAAAGAGGAGCAAAAGAAGCUCACAACAAAGAUCAUUGCUUUGCGUAAAGGUGUUCCUAAAAGCGACAAGAGAAAGAAGAGAGAAGUUGCUUCACGAAUUGCUGAUUUGGAGUACGAUCUCAAGAAGAAGCAUGAAGAGGAAAUUAGAGUGCUGAAAGCAAAGGAGGCUGGACUGGAUCCUAAUGCUCCAGAACCAGAGUUGGAUGAUGGCAUCUCUUUGGAUCGUUUAAAUGAAUUAAGCCUUGAAGAGCAAAAGAAGCCCGAGGAAACACCAAACACAACAGAGCAACAGCAGCAACAACCCAAAAAGAAGGUGAACAAAGCUAAAUUAAGAAUUGAAAAGAGAAAUGCAGAGAUGGAGCGUAUACGUUUGGAGGCAGAAAAGGAGGCAGAAAAUCAACCUGAUCUGGGCGUUUUAGAAACAGAAGCUAUUCGAAGACUAGUGAUUCCCCUGAACCUUAAAAUUAAACAAGUAGUUGCUGAUGGACACUGUUUAUAUAACGCAUUUGCAGAUCAGUUAAAAACAAGAUACAACAAGGAUGUAACAUACAAGGAGCUUCGCCAGUCAGCAGCUGAACAUAUGCGUCAACAUCCAGAUGAUUUCAAGCCAUUUUUAUAUCUAGAGGAUGGUGAUUUUGAUAGAUAUUGUGAUGAUAUUAUUAAUACAGCACGCUGGGGAGGUCAAUUGGAGGUGUUAGCAUUGGCUAGGUCAAGUCAAGUACCUGUAGAUAUCAUUCAAGAUGGAGGGCCUAUCAUCAAAAUUUGCGAUGAUGAAUAUCCUGAAAAGUCACCCAUCAAGUUGGCUUAUCAUAAGCAUCUCUAUUCGUUGGGUGCUCACUACAAUUCGCUUGUCGACCAAUUAAAUGUCGAAAAGAUGAGUUCUACCAGUGAUUGA